GUUUCCCCUCUGGUCUGGUAGAGCCCCAGGGUCCUCACCAUGGACUUCCAGCAUCGCCCCGGAGGCAAGACCGGGAGUGGGGGCGUGGCCUCCUCCUCUGAGAGCAACCGGGACCGUAGGGAGCGCCUCCGGCAGCUGGCCCUGGAGACCAUCGACAUCAACAAGGACCCGUACUUUAUGAAGAACCAUCUGGGCUCCUACGAGUGCAAGCUGUGCCUGACGCUGCACAACAAUGAGGGGAGUUACCUCGCACACACCCAAGGGAAAAAGCAUCAGACCAACUUGGCCCGGCGAGCAGCCAAGGAGGCCAAGGAGGCCCCCGCCCAGCCGGCGCCCGAGAAGGUCAAGGUGGAGGUGAAGAAGUUCGUAAAGAUCGGCCGCCCGGGCUACAAAGUGACCAAGCAGAGGGACACGGAGAUGGGUCAGCAGAGCCUCCUCUUCCAGAUCGACUACCCCGAGAUUGCCGAGGGCAUCAUGCCCCGCCACCGCUUCAUGUCCGCCUACGAGCAGAGGAUCGAGCCUCCGGACCGGCGCUGGCAGUACCUGCUCAUGGCCGCCGAGCCCUAUGAGACCAUCGCCUUCAAGGUGCCGAGCAGGGAGAUUGACAAGGCUGAAGGCAAAUUUUGGACUCAUUGGAACCGGGAAACUAAGCAGUUUUUCCUCCAGUUCCACUUUAAGAUGGAGAAGCCACCGGCCCCGCCGAGCCUCCCCGCCGGGCCUCCUGGGGUGAAGCGGCCCCCACCCCCACUGAUGAAUGGUUUGCCCCCUCGGCCACCACUGCCCGAAUCAUUGCCCCCGCCCCCGCCAGGAGGCCUGCCCCUGCCCCCCAUGCCACCCAGUGGGCCUGCAUCCUCGGGGCCCCCAGGCCCUCCUCAGCUGCCCCCACCGGCUCCCGGUGUCCACCCCCCAGCACCAGUGGUCCACCCCCCAGCAUCUGGAGUGCACCCCCCAGCUCCUGGGGUCCACCCACCGGCACCAGUGGUCCACCCACCAGCAUCUGGGGUCCACCCCCCUGCUCCAGGGGUCCAUCCCCCAGCCCCAGGGGUCCACCCUCCAGCGCCAGGGGUCCACCCUCCAGCCCCCGGGGUCCAUCCUCCCCCAUCUGCUGGGGUUCAUCCCCAGGCCCCAGGGGUGCACCCACCAGCUCCUGCAGUUCACCCCCAGGCCCCGGGGGUCCAUCCACCAGCUCCCGGGGUCCACCCCCCAGCCCCAGGGAUCCACCCCCAGCCUCCUGGGGUCCACCCCCCACCUCCUGGGGUCCACCCAUCAGCUCCUGGGGUCCAUCCUCCAGCUCCUGGGGUCCAUCCUCAGCCUCCUGGAGUUCACCCCUCAAAUCCUGGGGUGCACCCCCCGACUCCCAUGCCUCCGAUGCUGAGGCCCCCGCUGCCGUCCGAAGGCCCUGGGAACAUUCCUCCCCCUCCGCCCACCAACUGAAAAGCCACCCCUGUCCCAGCAAGUCUGGCCUUGUUUUCUUGUGUUCCCCCCGCCAGAGUGAAGUUGAGUUUUUUGUACAGGGCUGGGCCGUGCUCCCAGAGCCCAUUAAAGAGUCU